CUGUUCCGCGUCUAAAUGCGUCCAAAAGCCUUGUUCCCCGAAAAUGUGUCUGAAGUUGGAAGACGUUUUGAAACUUUGCCUCGUUCCAAUUCCGGCUUCGGUUCCAUUCCAUUCUUCCGUGACCUCGGUUCCAAACAAGUUUUCUUAAAAGGCAAGAUGGCGGGGAAACUUGAAGGCGACUUGGAGCUUGAUUCCGAAUCUAUGCAAGGAGAUCUUGGAAGCAAUGAAGUGGUCAGAAAGUCAAUCCCAUUGAAACUGAAGAAGCCAAAAUUGAAGGUAAAAGGGUCAAAAUCAAGUAAAUCAAAAAAGGAAAAGAAAUCAACAUCAUCUUCAGAACAUAAAGAAGCACCAGAAGAUGGAAAAAGUCAUAAAACAACAAAGAAGGUCAAAUCAGUAAGUUCAGGAGAUGCUUUUCCAAAAAGUGAUAAGGAGGAACUUGAUUGGAGUCAAAAGAUAUUAGCAAUUGGAGAAAAAGUGCAGGAUCCAAUGAUUCAUAUGUGUGAAAGUUGCACCCUUCCUGUUCUUGUUUAUGGAAGACUGAGCCCUUGCAAGCAUGUCUUCUGCCUGACUUGUGCAGAAAAAUUCAAGGGUCACUGCCCAAGAUGUGCGGAGCGGGUUGACCGCAUUGAACCGGCGGGCAUUGGUCAGAUAUUUGUCUGCUCAUUUGGUGGAAGUAGGCAUGGUAUCUCGGGUUGCCGUCGAAGUUACCUUUCGCAGAGGGACUUGCUUGCUCAUAUUAAGCACAGGCACCAGAAGGAUGGCAUUCCCCAUAGUGAUGCAGAUACCUUUGCAAAAAGACUUGAUGAACGCACACAGCAAACAGCGCGUAUGCCAUUUCUAGGUGUCCCAAUGAUGCCAACCACAAUUAGGCCAAAUUUUGGACAAGUAAAUCCUCCACAAAUGCCCAUCGAUAACAGGAUGCUACAAGGCAUUACCCAAAGGGAGCAAGUAUUUUUGGAGGGGCAAAGACUUCCAAUGAUGGGGCAGUUUCAACAAGCUGCCCCACCUCAACAAUUUCAGCCAAUGGCUCAACAGGGUUUCCGGCCUGAUCAAGCAAUGCUGCAAAGAGCUGCAGUGCAAAGUCAAAUGACUGGUGUUGAUCCGUAUUUAGUCGCAUCUUCAGGAGGACAAUAUGCCGGUGCUCCAGUCAGUAGACCGGGGCCAAUGACCCUUCCACCGAACCCAAUGCAGUUUCCUAACUCAACUGGGCAAUAUAUACCACCCAAUAUUCAGCAACCUGCCCCUAUUCAACAAGCGGCAGGCCUACAGCAGCCGGCAGGAUUGCCUCAGGGACGGGUGGAUCCACUUCAGCAGACUAAUCUACCAAUAGGGCGUGUAGAUGGGAUGCAAAUGGGUCGUGCAGGAGUAGAUGGGACUUGGCAAGGGGUAGCACAAGGGGUGGCUCAAGGGCUUGCUCCUCAAGAUUGGACAGCAGGGCAGAGGGGGGCUGAAAUGCAAGGUACCUUUGGAUCGGCCGAUGCUGCACGAUUUCAAAGGUCAUUUUAGAAAGCUGUGUAAAUUAGAACGAUUUUUUAAUCAAUUUAAGUCGUGUAAGUAUUUUCAAAAAAUGUCAUCAUUUCGUCACUCAUACUUUCUCCAA